AUAUACAUAUAUAAGAAAUCAUGUCUUACUACGACGACGAGCGCCGCCAUCACCACCAUCAUCAUCAUGGACGUCCCAUUGUGGAGGUGGACAUUGUGCCACCACGUCUGCCACGCCCCGUUGUUGAGAUCGAUGUCGGCUCGCGCUAUCCCUCCUACAGACCGGAAUGUGUUGAGGUGAUCCAACCAGCGGCCGUCUACCAACCACCGCCACCCAUGGUUGAGGUGGAUGUGGUGCGACCCAGUCGACCACUCAUCGAGUUCAACAUCGGCGGGCGUCGACCACGCGAGGAAGUCGUCAUUGUGGAGCAACAGCGGCCCUGUUGGUAACAAGCGCGCAUUGAAUUCGCCUUCAAAUGUAGAACAACAACAAAAUAUCGUAUUUAUUUUUUAUUAAUUGAAAUUA